GUUGGAGUGAGAGGGAAGGACAUUGUUGUUCUCGGUGUGGAAAAGAAGUCUGUGGCAAAACUUCAGGAUGAGAGAACUGUACGGAAGAUCUGUGCUCUCGAUGACAACGUCUGCAUGGCUUUUGCAGGGCUGACGGCUGAUGCCAGAAUAGUGAUAAACAGAGCUCGUGUGGAGUGCCAGAGCCACAGGCUUACAGUGGAGGAUCCCGUCACCGUGGAGUACAUCACACGUUACAUUGCUAGUCUGAAGCAGAGGUACACGCAGAGCAACGGCCGCAGACCUUUUGGUAUCUCUGCUCUUAUCGUGGGAUUUGACUUCGACGGGACUCCCCGGCUGUACCAGACCGAUCCCUCCGGUACAUACCAUGCUUGGAAGGCUAACGCCAUUGGCAGAGGAGCCAAAUCGGUGCGUGAAUUUCUGGAGAAAAACUAUACCGACGAAGCCAUCGAAACUGACGAUUUAACCAUCAAACUGGUCAUCAAGGCUCUUCUCGAGGUGGUGCAGUCCGGUGGGAAGAACAUCGAGCUGGCGGUUAUGCGGCGAGAACAACCCCUCAAGAUCCUAAACCCUGAGGAGAUUGAGAAGUACGUUGCUGAGAUCGAAAAGGAAAAGGAAGAAAACGAAAAGAAGAAACAGAAGAAAACCUCAUGAUGAAUGAAACUCGACGGCUUGGCUGCUGCUUUUUAACGCAAGCGGUGGGUUAUUCCGCGUAGCCAGCGUGUAGGCAUUCCAUUUCCU